CUCUUCACACACAUUGGGUUUAAAAAUGAGUUUUGGGUUGGGCCAUUAAAUCUUUCUACAUCAACAUAAAUUUCAUAACUUCAAAAUAAUCGGCCCUCUAUAGCCUUUGUUCACCACCCUCUCUCUCUCAGAUCUGUAACUGCAAUCUGCAAAGCAGAGCAAAUCGAAAUCGAAACAAUGGCAGCAGUAGCAGCAGGACCAGACCACCUCUUCAAUCUUCGCAACAACUUCUACUUGGGCGCCUACCAGGCCGCCAUUAACAACAGCGAGCUUCCCAAUCUCUCUCCAGACGACGCCGUCGAGAGAGACUGCCUCGUCUUCCGCUCUUACAUAGCCCUCGGCAGCUACCAACUCGUCAUCAAUGAGAUCGACGCCUCCGCCGCCACGCCUCUCCAGGCCGUCAAGCUCCUCGCUCUCUACCUCUCCGGCCCCGAUUACAGGGAAUCGACGAUCUCGAGUCUAAAGGAGUUGUUGGCAGAUCCGGGCAUCGGAAACAACCCUAUUCUGAGACUGAUUGCUGGGACAGUCUUCAUGCAUGAACAGGACUACAAUGAAGCUCUCAAACACACCAAUGCUGGAGGCACAAUGGAGCUGAAUGCAUUGAAUAUCCAAAUAUUCCUUAAAAUGCAUAGGUCAGAUUAUGCUGAGAGACAGCUGAGGGUCAUGCAACAGGUUGACGAGGACCACACACUAACUCAACUUGCGAAUGCAUGGUUGAAUCUGGCAGUGGGCGGUUCAAAGAUACAGGAGGCAUAUCUCAUCUUCCAAGAUUUCUCUGAGAAGUCUCAGGUUACAAGUUUGAUCCUGAAUGGAAAGGCUGUUUGCUGCAUGCACAUGGGAAACUUUGAUGAAGCUGAAAGCCUUCUUGUUGAAGCACUGACCAAGGAUGCAAAGGAUCCAGAAACUCUAGCCAACCUCGUUGUCUGCUAUCUUCACCUUGGAAAAUCACCUUCUCGCUUUCUCAGCCAAUUGAAACUUGGGCACCCAGAUCACGUGCUCGUCAAACGGGCCGCAGCUGCAGAAGAGGGAUUUGACAGAGCUAUCCAAUCAGUUGCUUGAAAUCUCUGAAGUGGUUUUUACACAAGAGCUGAUUAGUGCUAUUGUAUACUCAUUACACCUUUCGUGACGGCUCUUCUUUUGAUUUGUAAGCUGAUAAUAUAUAAAUUUAAUUGGAAAGAUGUAUUUGGAGACACGGAUCAAAUCUUUAUAGUGUUGGUUCUUAAUCUCAUUGUUGGAUAAGGUACCUCAUAUAAAAAUGUCAAUUAUGGGUUUGGUUUCUUGAUUUCAA